AUGCCUUUCUUCUCGGCUCCCCAGGCCUUUCGCCUGCGCAGCCUCCCAACUUCGUCUCCGGAAUUCGUCGCCAUGGCCUCCAACUCCUACGAGUACGGCAACAAUGGCCUAUUCACAGUCUUCAAGAGCGGCAAGCACAGCUCGCAUCCCGAUUUUGCCAACCUCACCCUUCUCGUCUUCGAGGCCGUCAUGGAAGUCGUUUGCGUGAGCGCGCCCGGCUACAUUGUUGCGCGAAUGGGUCAAUUCGAUGCAGAGAGCCAGAAGUUUCUCGCCAACCUCAACACGCAGCUGUUUACACCCUGCCUUAUUUUUACCAAGCUCGCAUCACAAUUGACAGCGGAGAAGCUGGCUGAUCUUGCUGUCAUUCCUGUAAUCUUUGUCGUACAAACACUCAUCUCCUACAUCGCCGCACUUCUCGUGUCGCGGAUAUGCAGGUUCAACAAGAGGGCGUCCAACUUUGUUGUUGCCAUGGCGGUAUUCGGAAACUCAAACUCGCUUCCAAUCUCUCUCGUUAUCUCGCUCUCCAAAACACUGUCCGGUCUACAUUGGGACAAGGUCCCUGGCGAUAACGACAACGACGUUGGCGCGCGUGGUAUCCUCUAUCUCCUUAUCUUCCAACAACUUGGUCAGCUCGUGCGAUGGACAUGGGGCUUCAAUGUGCUUCUGGCACCUGCCAGUGCGUACAAAGACGAUGACGGUGGCAAGAACAGCGCCAUUGAAAACGGAGAGUACACAGACGACGAGGCGCAGCGUCUUCUCGAUGACUCGCACUCCGACUACGAAUCUGGCAAUGUUACCAGCUACGCUACUUCUGCAGACUCAGACGAGUCCGACUCAGACUCUCUGUUCAAUCGUGAAGAGGCCCAAGCCACCACCGAUUUCAUCACUCCCACCAAUGGUAACGCUACUAUUCCUGGAGCCGGCGAUAUGAGCGGACACAGUAAUGGCAAUGGUCUUGCAAACGGACACCUCAAUGGUGUUCUCGAGGCUCACAAGAAGAAGCAAAAUGUCCCCAAAGGCAUCAAAGGCAUGCCAAAGCGAGCUGGCAUGGCACUUAAGCGCUCUGCAAGUACCGUUUCUGUCUCCACCACACGCGCUGGAAACCGAGUUUUCCAGGCCCUACCUACAUGGCUACAGCGACCGCUGGCUAAGAUUGGCUCUGUCUUGUCAAGGUUCUUCAAGGGCGUAUGGGACUUCAUGAACCCUCCUCUAUGGGCCAUGUUGAUUGCUAUCCUCGUCGCCUCUAUUCCUCCCCUGCAACAUCUCUUCUUCGAUCCAGGUACAUUUGUCAGCAACUCCGUCACGCGCGCUGUCAACCAAAGUGGACAAGUCGCCGUUCCACUCAUCUUGGUUGUUUUGGGUGCCAACCUUGCUCGUAACACAUUACCCAAGGAAGACCAGCACUCGAUGGAAGACCCGAGCGUGGAGAAGAAGCUUGUGAUUGCCUCACUUGUUAGUCGCAUGCUUAUCCCGACGCUUCUCAUGGCACCCAUGCUAGCCAUGACCGCCAAAUACGUUCCUGUUAGCAUUCUUGACGACCCCAUCUUCAUCAUCGUCUGUUUCUUGCUCAGUGGUGCACCAAGUGCGCUGCAGUUGGCACAAAUCUGCCAAAUCAACAACGUGUACAUGGGUGCCAUGUCAAGGAUUCUGUUUCAGAGUUAUGUUCCCCGUGCAACUGCCAUGACGACUUCCUCCAAUGAGCAGUCGCAGCCCAGCGACUCUCACCCAAGCGACUCAUUCGCCCUCCCGCAAAACACUACGUUGACCGAUGGCACCUCGCCGCGCUCUACAAAAGUUGUGUCUUUUCCCGAUGAUAGCACCAUUUCCCCCUUGAUGAUUGGCAAGAACAAGGAGCUUGACCAGAAGGAUUACCUCGAUCUCGACAGGCCUACAAGAAGUUACCCCGCAAGCAUCAGCAAGAAGAAACUAUCUGGACGGCCCUCAGUCGAGCGACUGGGAUCAACCAAGGUAGCGCCAAGUGAGGGAAAUCCAUCCUUAUCUUCCUUGCUCUCCAACAGCUCAACAGACGCUCCCUCUGACGGACAGCAUCCGCACGAGAAUCUAUUGAAGCAAGUGGGCACAUGGCUCAAGCAUGAACGAAGCAGACGUCAUGCACGCAGGGCAAGGCGCAAAGCUGCUAAGGAGGGCGCUGCUCAAGAAUCGACAAAGGCUGUUCCUGAUGAGACGAUUGAUGAGCCUCAUGCUCUAGCUAGAAGCAGCUCCGAAUCGUCUCACGGCGAGGACUCCCUCGACCAACUGGCGCAAAUCCUUGAAAAGACCCUAUCCAUGAAGCCGGCCGACGCUAAGAGGAGGAUGCAACACUUCCGCAGAUCAUCAACAGGCUUGAAGCGACACUCCGCCAUCUCUCUAGACACGGAUUACUUUGAAUCCGUAGACCAGCUAGUCCCGAGUUGCGAGGCUAUUCUAGACAACUCGAAGACUAUGGCCUACAACGUAGAUGAGUCAGACAGCGAGUCCGCCCCUCACGUAUCUGAGAAAGAAGCACGCAAAGAGAGGGAGGCAUGGACCAAGUUCCGGGCCGAAAUCCUUCGUCUAGCUCAUACACUCAAGCUCAAAGGCUGGCGGAAGGUGUCUAUGGAACAGAGCAACGAGAUUGAUGUACAGAGGCUGAGCGGUGCCUUGACAAAUGCUGUUUACGUUGUCUCGCCUCCCAAGAAUCUACCGCUUCAAGAGCAGGGCGACGACGGCCAGCCGAAGCCCAAGAAUCCUCCUCCCAAACUUUUGCUUCGUAUCUACGGCCCACAGGUAGAACAUCUGAUCGACCGAGAGUCUGAAUUGCAGAUUCUAACACGCCUUGCUCGAAAGCGAAUUGGUCCACGUCUACUUGGCACCUUCACCAAUGGACGCUUCGAGGAAUUUCUUCAUGCAAAGCCGUUGACCGCGAAGGAGCUGCGCAAUGCAGAGACGUCCAAGCAAAUUGCUAAGCGUAUGCGAGAGCUUCAUGAAGGCAUCGAUCUCUUGAAAGAAGAGCGGGAGGCCGGUCCAUUCGUCUGGCAAAACUGGGACAAGUGGGUUGAUCGCUGUGAGCAAAUUGUCACCUGGCUCGAUCAACAGGUUCGAGAGAGCAACCAAGACUCUGCACAAACUCCUGGUGACAGAUGGAAGAAGCGGGGAUACGUGUGCGGUAUGGAGUGGCCAGCGUUCAGGCAGGUGGUUGAGAAGUAUCGAAGAUGGUUAGAGGAACAGUAUGGUGGCGCAGACAAGAUCAACGAGCGGAUGAUAUUCGCUCAUAACGACACCCAGUAUGGUAACAUUCUACGUAUGGUGCCGGAAGGCGAGUCGCCUUUACUGCUUCCAGCAAACCAGCACAAGCAGCUCGUGGUCAUCGAUUUCGAGUACGCUAACGCAAACCUGCCCGGUUUGGAAUUUGCCAACCACUUUACUGAAUGGACGUACAACUACCAUGACGCGGAGAUUCCGUGGCGUUGCAACACCAAGUACUAUCCGACACUUGAAGAGCAACACCGCUUUAUCCGGGCGUACCUGAUGCAUAAUCCCUCGUACAAAGCUGCUGGAGGCUAUACUUCUAACCCUGCCACCCCGCACCUGGGUCCUCUUCCAUCCUCUGGCAGCACCACCGCACUGGCAGCCACUGCCGCCCCUAGCAAUAUCUCUGCAUUCAUGCUGGACUCACGUGCUCCACCAGGCGAGAAGUAUCAAGAGCAGGAGGCGCAAGCCGAGCGUCAGAUUGAAGAAGAGACUCGCCGCUUACUAGCUGAAACCAAGCUCUGGCGUUUGGCCAACUCCGCUAUGUGGGUAGCAUGGGGCAUCGUCCAAGCUCAUGUUCCAGGCCUUCCCGACUUCGAUGCCGAGGACAAGAACGCGAACGCUAACCCUAGUAAAGAAGCGGCAGAGUUAGACAGUGCAACAGCAGAGAUUAGGGCUGAGGCUGAGGCUGGAGAGAAGGGGGCUGGGAUCGUGAGUGAAAGGAUGGCGGAACAGACACAAGAGAACAAAACACAAGCGGAGCAAGAUGCUGACCUUUUCAAACCGCAGGAUGAGGAAGAGUUCGACUACUUGGCCUAUGCUAACGACCGCGCAAUGUUCUUGUGGGGUGACGCCAUUCGCAUGGGCAUAGUGAAGGCAGAGGAGGUGCCCGAGGAGUUGCGGAAGAGAGUCAAACUAGUGGAAUAUUAA